CUAGAAAGAAUGGAUUCUAUGUCUGAGGGGGAGCUGGCAAAGCUCGUCAAGCGGUUGGCAAACGACAGAAAGACGUUCAUAACCGAGUUGCGCGACUACGAAUGGAGACUUGAACAGGAGGCAAAGGCAUUCCAUAAGGCCCACGAAUCGAGGAAGGUCUACCUGACAGAUUUGAGCCACACGAAACGACUCCACGAGAAUCCAACCCCAAGAUCAGAUGGCGAAAGGAUGCUUAAAGAUUUGACGCAAAAGGAGAAACGGAAUAUCGCCUCUGACCACAGAAUCCUAGACCAAAAGAAAGGCCCGAUAAACAGGAAGGCGACUGUUAAGCGACUUCCGAAGUUGGACAUCGACGAUAGAAGCACGUUCUCCGACGGUUCGAACAACCACACGAACCAUUCGUCGCUGAACAACCUGGACGAACCGGACCCGACUGCCUACAUGAACAACGGCGGUCACAGAACCAUGGUAGUCAGCGGUCAUAAGCCCGAGUACGACCUAAUGCAGUACUCGGUGCAACCCAAAAACGCACCGGAUUCGCCGGAGUUAGCGCACGAGCACUCUACCGCCCUCUAUCGCAAGCCUGCCGAACGUCAUCGCGACAACACGAGUGGUACAGUCACGGACAUGUCUACCGAUUCCUUGAAUGAGGCGCUCGAGAACAGCAACACGUCGCAGCCACACGCUCCCGAGUUCGAGUUCAGUCACAAACGACAAUCAAAGAUACCGGUGCGCAGGGGUGGCGCUAAGUCGCCCAUGCCGACUGGUGGAAGUACACCGAGAAAAUAAGUGAGAAUUGUCGGAGAGUUGUAAGAGAAUCAUCGCGCCACUGCACGGACGAGUUGGG